UUGUCACUGGCGCCGCCGUAUUCCAAUUCUUCGCAUUCCUUGCGUUGCGUUUGAUUUUUGAGUGCUUGUAUCUCCGCUGUUGGUCUAAAAUAUUUAUAUUUGUUUACUUUGAAGUGCUACUUUGUUAAUUGUAUACCAUAUAUUUUCGAAUUUAACCUCCCGAUAAAAUGGAAGGCUUUUAGCCUUACAAGAAGAAAUUUGUUAAGACAUCAGUAAAAGGAAUACGCAAGGAAAGGCAUCAUGUUUCAGAAACCGACAUUCGGCAGUAACACUUCUGGCUUCGGCUCGUUCAACACAGGCGCAACAACGUCGUCCCCGUUUGGAGGGUUCAAGCCGGCGGCCGGUGCGAGUGCGUUCGGCGCACCGCCCGCGUUUGGAGCUACACCAGCGAACACGGCGCCCGGGGGUGGUCUUUUCGGUCAAACGAACACCACCGGGGGCCUAUUCGGCGCCUCCACGUCCACGAACCCGACCCCAUCGUUCGGGUCUAGCGGUUUCGGAUCUUUCGGCGCUAGUACAUCGACGGGGGGCUUGUUUGGUGCAAACACACCGUCAACGGGCGGACUGUUUGGGAACAAUCAGAAUGCUAACGCGUUUGGCGCUAAGCCGGCUGGUUUCGGCUUCGGAGCGACAGCAUCAGCUGCUCCGACCACGGGUGGUCUUUUCAGUUCACCCGCGUCUACUAACACUGGCGGUCUUUUCAGUAGUCAGCCGGCUGGCGGCGGUCUUUUCUCGUCUGGCGGAGCGUUCGGCCAACAACAAGCGUCUGGUACUGCGCAUGUAAAAUAUCAGCCCGUAGCAGGAACGGACGUGGUGGUGAAGGGCGGCAACUCGCAGACGGUCAACAUACGGCACCAUUGCAUCACUUGUAUGAAGGAAUACGAAACGAAAUCGCUAGAAGAGUUGCGUCUAGAAGACUACACAGCUGGCCGUAAGGGCAGUAGCGGUAUGUUCGGAUUCCAACAGCCGGCAGAUAAUACUGUGAAACCGCUGUUCAAUACUGGAGCGUUCGGUCAAACAGCCACAACCACAGCCCCGAGUCUGUUCGGCGGCGGCAGUAUGGCAAAUACAAGUGGUUUUGGACAGACUAAUACAUUUUCGUUUGGAAACAACGCACAAAACACGAGCACUACGGGAUUGUUUGGUGCUAAUAAACCGGCGUUUGGAGCCACUCCCACUACAGGUACAAGUCUAUUCGGUGCCACAACAACACAAGCGCCUGCGUUUGGAACAAACACAUCUACGUUCGGUUUCGGCUCCAACACACAGAAUCAGCAAACCGGGGGCCUAUUCGGGGCCAAACCGGCCACCGGGGCCUUUGGGGCCCCAGCCACAAGUACCGGGUUUGGGGCUUUCGGCGGUGGGGGCUUAUUUGGGGCUAAAACUGCGCAGACUUCGGCACCCACUUUUGGUACCACUACACCAGCGUUCGGUGCGAACACGUCAGCCUUCGGUGCGAACACUUCAACGUCUUUAUUCGGCGGUGGCAGUACGUUCGGCAAACCGGCGACGAGCCAACCGGCGUUCGGUUUUAAUUCACAACCUCAGAUGGGUACAGGCCAAAACACGGGUUUAGGGACAUCGUUCCAAGCGAAACCGACGGCGUUCAAUAACCUGGGCACGGGCACGUCGCUGUUCUCGCAGCCAAAUUAUAACCUUCAGAGUGGUCUCAACCUAGGUUUAGGAGGCGGUGGUUUAUUCAAUAACAACACAAGUUUGGGCGGCACGGGACUCGGGCUUGGACAGAACAAUGCCAACACUAGUAUGGUGCAGAGCGGUGGUCUCGGUGCUCCGGCCGGUUCGAAUGUACACGAGCAAAUAUUAACACUAGCGGCACGACCGUACGGUGAUUCGCCGCUUUUCAAAGAUCUAUUGCCCGAUACUUCAACAACAGCGGAAGACGUGCUGAAACCGACCAAUCCGGUCGCAGUGAAGGCAAUUCUGGACGGAAGUAGCGGAUACAGUGUGACGUCACCGCCGCCCCCCCCACUGCGAGUUGUGCCCAGGGCACUCGCUAGAGACAAGAAAUCACUGUUCGACGGUCUUGAAGAGUCAGACGCUAGUUUGGAAGAUAAACUCAGUUUGAAGCCGAGCCGUAAGCGUUUGGUAUUGAGACCGAAGAAAGAUGGCAACGAUAGUCUUAAUAGAUCUUUAGAAGACCAAUCUCGGCAACAGGAAAACGGUCCGAAGCAAACUGAUCAAUUAUCGAUGGAUAGAGUUGAUCAUGAUAUAUCGAAUAGAGAGAGAGAGGGAGAUGAGAGGAGAUCUAGUGAGCGGAAACAAUAUGAGGAACUUCAAGCGGACAAACAAAACAGCUGGCCAUCCAGAAGUUCAUGGGAGAACCAAGAAAAACAGAUUGACAACGAUCCCACGCCGCGGUUAUAUCCUAACUUGGACAAGGAAUUGCCAGCGCAUAUAUCAGAGAGGCGAGCCAGUUGGUUAACAACGAAACCACUCCGAAAACCACUAGUCUCCAACCCGGAUUUGGUCGAGAACUCGGUACGGGAACUCGGCGUACGGACGGACAGAUCGACACCGUCUAAUAAUGACAAGGAGAACAUUGAUAGUUUUUACGUAUCGGAGGAAGAAAACGUGUCGACCCGCGAAGUACCCCCACACCCGGCGGGGGUCAAACUGACCCGCCCGGGGUAUUACACCAUACCCAGCUUGGAGGAGAUGACUAAGUACCUCCGGCCGGACGGCACGUGCGUUGUGCCGCACUUGACGAUCGGACGCCGCAAUUACGGUAACGUGUUCUACAACUGCGAAAUCGAUGUGGCCGGCUUGGAUUUGGAUGCUUUGGUGCAUUUCCUAAACAAGGAAGUGAUCAUAUACCCGGAGGACAGUGAGCGGCCGCCCGUAGGGGAAGGGUUGAAUCGAAAAGCAAUUGUCACAUUGGAUAGAGUGUGGCCGAGGGAUAAGACGGAAAAACGGCCUGUAACUGAGCCGGAGAGACUGCUAAAAAUGGACUUUGAGGGCAAACUGCGCCGCGUGUGCGACAAACACGACACGCAGUUUAUCGAAUAUAGACCGCAGACCGGCAGUUGGGUGUUUAAAGUGGAACACUUCAGUAAGUACGGAUUGACGGAGUCGGACGAGGAAGACGAAAUAACACCAGAAGUUAUGAAGCGACAGCUCGUGACGCAAACCUUGCAAAAGGCGGCGCCAGUUGCCGCAAAGCCCCCGGUUGGGGCCCCAACAAGGUCACCGUUAGCACCCGCCACAGGGCUCGGCGGACUUGCCUCACUCGGCGGGGACGAUGUGUUCCUGCAAACGUCGCUCAAUUUGAUGAACGGCUCUAGAGGUUUCGAAAUGGACACCACAGAGGACAACACGGAAGGGGCUAGCUUGUACCAAGAUAGUAGAGCGUUCGGUGUGAAGAGUCCCACGUCUGAAUUGGCUCGGCUCGAACAUAGGCAGAGUCAUAAUGUACAACUGAUGAAGGCGUCGCUGUAUGCUGAUACCGAAAUGGAGGACGACGUUUCAAUAUCUACGGGAGAUCAACUUGUACCGCACGCGUCUAGUGCUAUUAUGACUGUACCGACUCCGUCUAUAUCACACAAGGAAGUUGUUGAGGAGACCCCGAUUAUUGUAAAUGAGCCAGUAAUGCGUCCGCUCAUAGUCCAACCGCACACUGUGAUUUUGGAGUACAAUAGAAAGAUACCACCUUUCAAAAAGACGAUAGCAGGUCGUCUAGACGCAAGCUGUAUAGCGGACAUGUCAGUAUGUCGCGCCAGACACACACGGGUGUGUUUCGGGCCGGAGAAUCAAAUGUUGUAUCUCACUACGGCUAGAGCUGUGGCUGCUAUGCCUAAAGACUCGGCGAUGAGUGAAUUGGACAGAUAUGUUUGUGGAAGGGCAGACGACGACUGGAGUGAAGCUAUACUAGCAAGGGUGCAACUGGGAAGGGCUGAGGUUAAAGCUGUGCAGGAUCUACUAAGCAAGCAGCUGGCCAGCCUUCUAGAGUUUUCAACCCUCGACGCGACUACAACGCGACCGGUCGCGCGACUGGUCGUGCGACAGUCGCCCGCCGAUCGCAAGCGAUUGCUCGACACUUUACUGGCAGACGCCGAGAAGGGGGAGGAGUUUGUUAGCGCGUUUGGCGUGUCGAGCGCGUUCUGUGUCGAAGUUUGGAAACUUUGCGAAGCGCUGUGGGGUGAUGAUUUGCUUAAUGACGGUAUACCAGGAACGGAUGAACAGUCCGUGGUGAGCCGACACACGAACUUUUUGAAUUGGCUGAAAGAUGCAGUUGCAAAAAACACGUAUAAAGAUCUAGCCACAAGUACUAUAGUAGCAGAAGAUGACAAAGACGCGCACAGCGCUAGCGUGUGGACGCUGUUCGUCGGCGGUCGGAUACUCGAGGCUUGCAAACUUUGCAAACAGCACGGCGAUUUGAACAUGGCCGCACUGAUUGCGCAGGCAUCUGGCGAUCCGUUCUUCAAGACGCUGAUAUCCCGGCAAUUGCAAGUGUGGCGCGAGUGCGGGGCCGACGAGUUGGUGUCGCCGCACAAGAUGGCGCUGCUGUGCCUGCUCGCGGGGCGGAGCCCUGGGGCUGAGCUGCAGACGCUCGACUGGCUAAGGGUGCUCCAUGUGUGCGCCAGAUACAUAUGCCCGCAAAUACCGUCCCUCGAGCGUAUAGUGCGCACUUACGAAGCGUUGUUCAGCCGGGAAUCGAACGUGGACCUCGCCAGUUUGCCCGAAGAGAAUGUCACCAUGCGACUGCCCAUACCUGAUUAUUGUGAAGAUUACACCGUGUCUGUUGAGACGAACGGAAAAUCCCGUCGCGUACUGGACCUACGCUACGAACUAAUACGCGCGAGGGCUUUUAAUACAAGACCCAGGUUAUCACCUGCUACGUACACACCGCACCCGAUUGAUUAUAGCUUGAGUUUCCUGAUAAGCGCCUGGUUCGGUACACCGUCAGCUGAGAGCGUGGUCGGUAUCGCUGAACAGCUCGAGGGCUACGGCCUGUGGCAUUUGGCUGUACAAGCGCUGCUGUAUCACCCCGAUGAUGGAGUUCGUUCGCAUCUAGUUCGUUCAGUGCUAUCACGUCAUGCGCCAGCGCAAGCGGACACAGCAGAGUUGAAAUCGAGAUUGGAUCUCUUGAGAAAACUUGGUGUGCCAGAAAAGUGGAUUUUGAUUGCGCAAGCGCAUAGGGCUAAAUAUGAGAAUCGUCGGCAACUAGAAGUGGAACACUUGGUGUCGGCGGAGUGUUACAGCGACGCGCACUCUGUGCUGGUCGAGCACAUACUGCCCGAUGUUGUGCUGUCCGACAACGUGAAAAGCAUACAGCCGAUUAUAGAGAAAUUGCAUGCCGCUGCUCAGAGGGACGAAGUGAGCGGCUGGGAGAGGGGAGGGGAGGCUUUGUAUCACUAUAUACACGUUUGUGAUGAGAUACGCGGUCUAGUAUCGGACGCGGAAGGCGAUCAACCCACAUCGGUACAGGAGAGACUUGAAGCGCUAACUCCCAUGGUGACGGCCGCCGCUAGAGCGCUCAUAGCUUGGGAUUGCACGUCGGCCCGCGCCCGCGCCGCCCGCACGCAGAUGGGCGCGCGGCUCGUGCGCCUGGCGCCGCGCGCGCCGCUGCUGCGCGACCUG